AUGACCGAGCAACCAGCCUGCCAUCUCACCAAGCUUCUCCAGGACUGGCCGUUGAGGGAGUGUGGGCUGGGCGGACCGAACACCAUCGUACAAGUGGACGAAACCAACAUCGUUCGUCGCAAGUACAACGUCGGCCGGAUCGUUCGAAAGGAUUGGCUUGUCGGUGGGAUCCAGGACGGGACGAAGCUCUUCUUUGUAGAGAUCGUUGACAAGCGCGACGCUGCUACUCUGGAGGCGAUAAUCCGGAAAUACGUUCGUCCUGGAGGCACCAUUCGAACCGACAUGUGGGGCGGAUACAACAACCUCGCCAAUCUAGGAUAUAACCACGAAGUGGUCAACCACAGCGCCAACUUCGUUGAUCCGGCCACGGGAGUCCACACCCAGCGCAUCGAGUGCAUGUGGUCACAUCUGAAGGAGAAGAUUCGACGACGGCAUGGUCUCAAAGGCGACCUUUGGGAUGACCAUUUCAUCGAAGUUCUCUGGAAGUGGCAAUACGACAGCGAACAUCUGCUGUACGAACUGUGGCGGCUCAUCUCGAUCCAGUAUCCCAUCCGCUGA